GGCAGCAGAGCGCGAGGAGGGGGAGCUGGAGAGGAAGAGAGAGAGAGGGGAGAGAGAGGGAGGUAUAGUCCAGGCAGCACUCGGAGGUUUGGCUGCAGACUGCUGGAUCCCUGUCGCCGCCUCGGUCUCUCCAGACGCAUCAGCAGAGAGUCGCUGAAGACGCUUCGGCAUCACGACAGAGGAGGGGGAACGUGAGAAGGAUCCAGACCCCAGGCUCGGUGGCUACAUGCUCAGUCGUCUUUGGCUUGAAGGGGAACAACUGUACUAAUCAGCAGGAACCAUGGAUUUUGUAAUGAAGCAAGCUUUAGGUGGGGCCACCAAAGACAUGGGGAAGAUGCUGGGUGGGGAGGAGGAGAAGGACCCGGAUGCAGCCAAGAAGGAGGAGGAGCGGCAGGAGGCGCUGAGGCAGCAGGAGGAGGAGAGGAAGGCCAAGCAUGCCCGCAUGGAGGCCGAGAGGGAAAAAGUACGGCAGACCAUCAGGGACAAGUAUGGGCUGAAGAAGAAGGAGGAGAAGGAGGCGGAGGAGAAGGCAGCCAUGGAGCAGGCCUGCGAGGGCUCUCUGACGCGCCCCAAGAAGGCCAUCCCUCGGGGCUGCGGAGACGACGACGAAGAGGACGAGGAGAGCAUCCUCGACACCGUCCUCAAGUUUCUGCCCGGACCUCUACAGGACAUGUUCAAGAAGUAAAGCAAAAACGACAAAACACGUUAAAGGAACCCUACAUUCGGGGUCCGGUCUGGCCUGGGCCAGGCCGCGGGGCAAAGGGAAGCGGGGAUGUUGGGUUGAGUGAAGGAUUCUGGGUGUUUUGUGAGCAGGAAGGGUUUCAGCGUAGGGUUGUAGAAGUUGUCGGGAGCAACACGGAUCUGGGAGGGGGGUUCUUGUCAAACUGUUAGAGGCUACACACUGCCUUUCUAGAGGUCUUUUACUUUGUUCUUUUCUACACCUCGACGACUGUCAUUCUCUCCCCUUUUUAUUUGCCUCAAUGGUUGUACAACCUUUCAACUGCCAGUUAGCACAUUUCUUACAAUUCGUAUGUUUUUUUUCUUGUUAUUUUUACACCCGUUAAGAACAGACACUUUAGUUGUCCAUCAUGGAGAACAGUAUUCCUUGAAGGACCUCGGACUCUUGUCCUCUGACUUCUGGCACUGCCACCAUGUUUUCCAGUAGAUGGAGCAUGUCGUGUUCAUUCCAAUGGGUGUUUUCUACUUUUAUGAACCUUGUGUAGUUAUUUAUAUUGAAAAAAAACUGUUAAAAAAAAAACAAAUCAGCAAUUGAGUUUUUAGGACAUGUGCCUUCAUAUCAUCUCCUCUCACGGAGGAAUUGUAAAUGAGGGUUUCAUUUUGAGUCAAACAGGCGUACAGUCGGUGGUAGCAUGUAGGCAAGCGUUCAAAGAUACAAGAUUGGACUCUUUUGAGAUAAUGUGUUAGACGUUGGGUCGGUCAGUGGGCAUGUUUUGGGGUUUCCAGUGGCCACUGUUUGAACUGGAAACCCCAGAAGAAGCCCCAACAGUCCACAAAAUGAUUUAAUAGCAUAAUUCAUUGCUACCUACAAGAACUUCUGAAGAACUGUUUGCUGAAGAAAAAAAAAAGCAUCUCCUUCCUGUUGCCACUUCAUGUUUCACUAAAACUUGACUCUUAAGCCUGUCAGCUAGUUAGACUGCCACCGCGAUACAAAAACGUAUCAAGAACUAAUGCCAAUAUAUGAACUUUAGGUCAAAAGGAUUGGAAAAGACUUUACUCAACCUGAGGUAUUGUUCAUCUUCAGGACACAACACUCUUUUUUCUUCGUUUGAUAUUCAUUUACAGGCUGAAAUCGCCACUCUAGUCCCACCAAGUCGUUCUGAUUUAAGUAGUGUGAUCCCCAUAGACAAUCAAAGCAUUGACCACUGGGGACCUGGGGUAGCUGGUACUGUACACGUUGUCGUAUUCUGUCACAUUUGUUCCACAUUAAGCGCUCGAUUCCUACCGAGUGUCUCUUUUCUUUUUCUUUUUCACUCAUGAAUGCAAAUACCAGGUGAUGUCUGGCUGUUUACCUUCUUCAAAGCGCUGCCAGUUUAUGUUAGAGACAGUUCACACCCCUGCCGAGCUAACCGUUAUCCAUCAGCUUGUGAUGUUUACCUUGAGUGAAGCUCAUCCACAUCAAGACCAAAGAAAUACUGGUUUACUAUUUCUUUUGUCACCACGGAAACAAAGACACGCAUGCUGUUCUGGUUUUUUUUGUAACCAUGGCAGCCUGUUCAGCGGGUGCAUGCAUCCCAAAGACCGCCGCUAAACUAAAACUGGCACUCCUCAGAAGUAUUCCUCGUAAAUAGAAACCGUAGACCGAGCCUGAGAAAGCCCGGUCGGUGAGCCGUUGCAUCUCACUGCCUGAAGAGCUCGCUAUAUUCUGCAUCCUGCAUCUAGUAAUCCAACAAACUAUCAUGGUGAUUUGUCACAUAGCAUUUAAAUAGAUGUACUGUAAGUGAAAACAAUCUCUAUUUAGUCAAAGUACCUCAAUAUAUAUCUCUAAAAACAAAGCAUGUUGGUUAUUCCUAAAUGAUCCGGUGGCUUUUCAGUGGUUAGUAGUUCAGCAAUGUAUCGAUGAAUGCAUUGUUCCAUGAGUUUGUAAUCUAGAAUACUUUUAGGGAUUAAUAGGACUAAUGAUGAAGUUGUCAUAGGCACUAUAAAACACAUUUUCCUCUUUUUUUUUUUUCCGUUUUCUAGCUCAGAUAGGACUUUUCACUAGACAAAGCCAUAUUGUUUAGAUUGCAAUAAUUGCUUAAAACGAUAAAAAAGAGAACAUUUCAACAUUGAAAGUUACCUGUCUCACAUUUGUUUUCUGUAAAAAAUAGAGAGAGAAAAAAGAUAUUUGGAUAUCUGUUUGUAAAUCCUCACUUUUCAUUCUUGUAUCUUAACAAGUAUACUAACGUAUACGCAAAGAAAAUGUCUGUAGAAAAAAGAAGCCAUUGUUGUAAGUGUUUCAGUGUACUACAUGUGUACUGUAAGUGUGUGUGUGUUUAUAUGUGUGCGUCUUUCUACGUGUCUGUGAUGUGGGACCAUGUCGUUGUAACCGUGUCUUUGAACUACUUUGUGCACAGGCGGAAGCUGGGCAGCCUCCGAGCUGUGCCAGAUCUGAAAAAAACAAACAAACAAAAAAAAAACAACUUAACACAUUCCUUACAAAUGUUGAGCAUGCAGAUGUUUGGUAGAGAUGAGAAUACACCACAUGACAAAAGACAAACACGUAGAAAACCCUCUGUUUCCGUAGGGGUCUCCGGGCAACAGAAGGAGUGCUUUGGAUCCAGAAAGAUUAAACCUGUGGAGUGUUUGAUGCUCUUUGCUGUCUGAUGAAGCACGAGGCCGCGAUCGCAUGCCGUAGUUUCUUCUGCUGAGGCACAAAGCUCAUCUGUGAGCGUCAGUAGCAAAACAAACCAAAAAAACUGCUAUACGUUAUGCCAUUUAGACAACAGCGUUUAGUGCAUUCACAAAAAACACCCAAAGAUCAGUCAGUUUGCAGAUGAUAUUUGCUUGUGUCGUGUUCGGUUGAAGGAUCAAUCCUCUGCACAAAAUAGCUGGAAUAAGACAAAAAUCAUGUCACGUUCUUGUCAAAUCUUCAAAUUUAGAAAGUAGAAAGAAAAUUGAAAAGAAAAACCCACAGGAAUGGUUUAAAAGUGGAGAAAAAAACAACAUCAGGUGCCAAAGAUAGAUUCCCACUUCGUAAUAAUAAAAUACUGGUCAGCAGUCCAAAGAGUAUCCAAGACACUUUGAUUUUGAAUGUAAAAGUUUUCUAAUGCUAAUCUUGUUGAAAGGCUCAUUGAUGAUUAGAAAACCCUUGUGCAGUUAUGCUAGCACAUGGAUAAAAGUGGGAGUUUUCAUGAAAACGUGAAAUCGUCUGGAUGACUUCAAACUUUUGAACAGUAGUAUAUAUCCAGAGUUUACUGCAGGUAUUGACUGAUGUGGGGUAAUUCUGACCAGUCAGGGUGGUUAAACGCUGCACUUAGUAUAAAUGCUUUUUGCUAGAAAAGAAUGCAUUUGAAACAUGUCUGUUAGUGGUAAUUUUCCAGAUAAAAAUGAUAUAAAUCCUCCAACCUAUUGAGUGCCAGCAGAAGUAAAAACUCUCCUCUGUGAUCUCGGCCUGAAGUCAAGAUUAGAACGAAGUGGACUGACGAGAAACUUGAAGGCGAUUAGAAAAGAAAACGGGGGACGUGCAAUUUAAAAAACAACAACAAAAAAAAACAACAAAAAAACACAAAGUAGGCGUAGCGCUAGCAUUUCUCCAUUUUAUUCCAGUGUAAAACAUUCCAUGUAAAAUUUCACAUCUCUACUUUGACGCAUUCUUCACCACCAUUAACGAGGCGCCCGUGUUGGAAUAUAUGUGCAGAAAUCGCUGCAUGCUUAGUCUAAUAAGAAUCAUCUUAAUUUACCAGAGAUUACCACAACUCUUCACGCACCCAAGGACAGGCCACUUUCACCUUCCAGGGCAUGGAAUAAGCUUCUUCGUUUCCCGUUGGUGGGCAGCAGGACUAGGCUUAUAUCAUGGGCCCUUCAUGGAAACUACAGCCAUACAUCCUCUGUAUGUACAACGGUCUCCCCGUGGGACUCGUCUCGAGGCGUCACAGCACGUGAACUGCCUUUGAAAAGGGCUAUUACCAUACGUGUCAUCUUUAUGUCAGUGGGGUUAGUGGGAACUCAUCUGUGCUUGUCCUGGCGUGAUGUGUUGUCGUCGUCCUUCUUCUUCUUCUUCACUCUGGUUGCAUGACGUACUUCAGUGUUUGUGGACAGACAUGUUGAGUUGAGAAGUCCUCAGCUUCGUAGACAAUAGGAGUAGGGGGUUGUAAACGUGGAGGAUUGCUUUAAAUGUUUGUUUUCCUAACAGACAGGCAGAUGUGAGCGAGGAAGAGAUGAAAACCACAAGUGUAGUUUUUGAAAUGAAAGGCCUCAAAGACGUCAAAUCCUGGCUGGUGUUCCUCUGAAACACUCACUGAAACUGAGCGCUGCCAGUUGCUGGGUUUCCAUUACAGUUUUUCACAAAAUAAAAGCGAUAUUUCUAAAAUUUCAACAAAGUAUAUUUGCUCUUUGAACGUGUUUCCAUUGAAGGUUGUUCUGGGCAGAAGCAUCGUAACUCUCGUAAAAUAUCAUCCCGCGAGAUUUCACUGCAGGAAGAUGGACGCCCAAAACCAAAACCCUCAUUUCCAUUUCCAUCUCCUUAUAACACUCUACAUUCCUCUGCUGUUUGCUGUCUAGUAUGGCAGUGAUGUUUUUGUCAAGAAUAAUGGCAAGAAAAGUCUCGGUCUCCUCUUCUGUCCACACGUACCGCGCCAUGUUUACUCCUGGUCAUGUGACCAGGUAUAAUUGCGGAAAAAGUGUUUCCAUUGCGCUUUUGCGAUAUUUUUCAAUAUUAAACGUCUAAAAAAACCACCUCAUGAGAGUGUAAAAACUUUUUUGAUAUUUUAGUCCUUUUUCGAAAUUCAGGUGUUGCCAUUACCAGUUUUUUGUUGCGCUGUUUACAUUUUGCGCAUAUCUAAGGGUAAUGGAAACCCAGCUACUGAUGGGAUGUUUUAUUGUGGAGACUAGAACUGGAUUGUCAAAGCAUCUUCUGUUGUCAGGAGCCCAGAAACACUCAGAUCUGAGAAACAGGAAGAGCCAAUUCAAAACCACAGCUCAUCCGCCCUCCCGAUAGCAAAGAUUCUCCAUUAGGUUUGGUGGUAUUUCUCAUGACUAUUAUAAGAAAAUAAUCAACACAAAAAGAAUCUAUACCGGCAGCGUGGAGAGGACCUGCCGUAGAUGUUUACUUCUUAAAUAUAUUCAAAGGUGAUGAGUGAUUGAGACGGAGAGCCUAUCUUAGAAUUUCCUUUUAAACUGCGAACGAUGCUGACUUUCUACGAGCGAUGUAACAUUUGUCUCGUUGGUCGCAUUUUUCUUUCACACAUUGCCCUGCUGAAUCCUGCCAGAUGUGAAAGUUAGACUUCACCGUGUUUACUUUCUCUCCAGCGGAAGAUAAAACUCUGGUUACUGUGAAGAGACACUUUAAAUACAUUCCAGUCUUUUUGGCAUUCGCACAAGAAUGUCACGCUGACAACUGUUAUGGCAUCUACUAUCCACUACCUUUUCUUUUUCUAGUUUUCCAGCCUUCUGAAUGCUGAAGUUGGAGGGUUUGAGAGGUGAAAAAAUGAGCGUACAAUAGCUGGCAGCAGUCCCUUUAGUCUGGCCGUACGUGCCGACCAACACAAUUGGAGACGUUCACAGGUUUGCUGAUUCUGUGACCUCGCCGCUCUUUACUUUCCGACGUAAAGACGUGAACUGAUGAAAACAAUAUGUGGAAGGAAAUCGGGGAGACAAAAGAUAUAAUUUAGAAAAAAAAAAACUAAAGCACGGAAUGGACUUUUAUGGAAGUUCCUAUAACUGAAUCAGGAGGGUCUUUCUUUUUCAUUCAGGGUGAAAAUAAUUUCAGGGUGCAGGUUAAGAAUGUAAAAUAUGAGUUCUUAUGCUGUUUUUUUUUCCCCUUACUUGCAUGUCAUAUACUCUAUGUGGAGCCCAGUCACUGUAAAACUGUCUCAUCAAUGGAACUGAAUCAUUCUUUUUGGAAAUUAAAUGCAUUACACUAAUAAAAGAAAAAACGGUUUAUAAAAAGCUA